GUAGAAGUUCACAUACACAUCCACAGUGUGCUACUGCGGCACUGCUACUUCUCAUGAGAAACCUGGCAAACAUCACCUCUAGCCGUCGAGUGCUGCUCACACUCAUCCCCGUCUCAUUGGCUGCAGGCUGGACGUAUUGGUUAUCGUGGCGCACAACAAGCAGCUUACUCACGAGCCGCAUGACCGCCGAGCCGCAAAACGUCAGACAGCAUCCUACAUACUGGUUUAGCGAUGGUUCCAUCGUCAUUCGAUCACGCAGCAUGAGCAAUGGGGAGGUUUGCUUCAAGCUGCACGAGAGCUUGUUGCGUCGACAAUCCCGCUUUGUUCAAAGGAUGUUAGAUAGCGAGACCAGCGCCGACUCUGAAGUAUUGAUUCCACCAGAACUUGGUGUUCAAGUCCAGGAUUUUACAGCGCUGCUGGAGCAUCUAUACCAUGAUAUCCCUCUUUCCGCUGAAGCGCCCUUCUCGCAUGUUGCGGCGAUCCUGCGUGUCUCUUCCCCGAAUCAGCUUGAUCUGCCCGGUGUGCACAUGUCAGCACGGGCUUACUUUGUAUCGAUGUUUCCACAGGGGCCUCAGCCAUUCGCACAUCCUAGUAGCCAUCUAAAAGAGGCACUGGCACUUGUGCAGUCGUAUCAGAUUCCAUCGAUCAGGAAAGGCAUAUAUUACAGCAUUGUGACGACUUCUGAAUUCGAACCCGAGGACGAUGACUUGGAUCUGGAAAUUUUCAUUAAACCAAACGGUUUGCCAGGGUCAUCGUCAACGCCACGCCUCGUUCUACCCCCAACAGAUGUCGAGCGGUGCAGAAGCUUGAUGACUGGCAUCGUGGAGCAUUUCACCCCUAUUUUGUUCACACCACCUGCAACUCCUCAUAUGGCAUGUACAGACGUGUUUGCGGACAAAUGGAUGCCGCUCGUAAUAACGCCUGCAAUAUCUAACUCUGGUGUCUGCAAACCACUCGAAAUGCUUGAGCAAAUUAAGCAAAUCGACUGGGCCGCCGAGGGCUUGUGUGCUACGUGUGUCAGAGAAAAGAUACAAGAGUGGACACAGGAGCAGGAAGAUGUAUGGGAGAAAAUGGACUCAUGGUUGGUUGGUUGGUUGAAUCCGGAGUUCGGCACAAAGCAUUCCCUUGUUUGAAAUACACAAUGGAGAUAUAGAUCAGGUUUGUUGUGGUAUUCGCGGCCCAUCUAUAAUUAUUGUAUGUAAAUCGGGCACCAACAGUUGUCGACGUCUGUUACAGUGAA